CGGCCGUCCCUCCUUUCCGCUCCUCUGCUGUUGUGAGACCCGCGUGUUUACACACUCACAGAUGAAGGAGUCCAUAAUGAACCAGGAAAAGCUUGCCAAACUGCAGGCGCAGGUCCGCAUAGGUGGGAAGGGAUCAGCCCGGAGAAAGAAGAAGGUGGUGCACAGAACGGCUACAGCUGAUGACAAGAAGCUGCAGUUUUCUCUGAAGAAACUGGGGGUCAACAAUAUCUCUGGUAUUGAGGAGGUGAACAUGUUUACAAACCAGGGGACAAUCAUCCACUUUAACAACCCGAAGGUUCAGGCCUCUUUGGCUGCCAACACCUUCACAAUCACCGGGCACGCAGAGAACAAACAGCUGACCGAGAUGUUGCCGGGUAUCUUAAACCAGCUCGGGGCCGACAGUCUUACCAGCCUAAGGAGACUAGCAGAGAACUUGCCCAAACCAGUCGGUGACCACAAAGCACCCUUGGCUGCUACUGAAGAGGAGGAUGAGGAUGACGAGGUUCCAGAUCUUGUUGAAAACUUUGAUGAGGCUUCCAAGGACGAGGCAAAUUAACCAUCACCAGAAAACAUUUCAGAGCUUCUCUUCACCCAUGUUCUUUGGCAGAGCAGUGUUUUCAUUGUCUGGUUUUUCUCUGACUGCAAACAAGUCGCUUUUUGAUUGUAAAUAUGUGACAAUUGACCAUAAACAAUUAAAAACAACUUUUUGCAGUAAUUACCAUAUUACUUGUACUGCGCACCCUUUUCUUUCUCAGUGUCCUAUCUGCAUUGUAAUCUCCACAGAUCAAGCAUGUAUUUGUGGAAUAAUUGUAUAAUAAAGAUUAAACUUACA